AUGAUCAUACAGGACAGGAUAUUCGAUGAUGAAGGCUCAUUACGUAGCGGUACUCUAAAUGCGCUUAUUGAAUUACUCAUUCCAACUCGUGAGUACUCGCCUCGAAGAUCCUAUAUUUUUGCAGUAUUAGUCAAUAUUCGAAUUUUUGUGCCACCUCCAGAACUGCUGCAAAAAAUUUUACAGCUAUGUGUUUUCGAACAGAAUGCCAAAGCGGCCAAUUUUACAAAAGAAGGGCGAACGCGUAUUUUUCGUGGCAUCUACAAAUUGUGUUUAGAAUGGACACAAAGUAUCCCAUACGAUUUUCGCGAUCCACAAAUGCAAACGCGUCUCGUUGAACUGCUCAAUCUGUGCCCCAUCGAUAAGGAGUGCAAAUUACAGAUCGACAGAUUGCUCGAACAACUUUUCCACACUGUAUGCUCGCUUUCUGCCCAGAAUUCUUUUUGA